GGAGACUGCCAUCUUACUCGGGGAGGAUGUGGCCCGGGGUGGGGGUGCCGGCUACCUCAGCCCUCACGUGAGCGGUGAACGAUGUCGCAGAACGAAGUCUCCGAUGGCGAGGAGGAGGCGGAGGAUGCGACGGAGGAGACAGCACGGAGCAGUCGCUCCGACACGCAGCCCCUGCUGCCCCGCAGUAAUGUGUCUGCCCCCGGAGCGCCCAUGUGCUGCUCCGCGCGCUACAACCUAGCGGUGCUCUCCUUCCUUGGCUUCUUCAUGGUCUACGCGCUGCGUGUUAACCUCAGCGUCGCCCUGGUCGCCAUGGUAAACCACACCACCGACGGCAACGUGACGGCGGCGUCACCGUGGCAUGCGGGUGACGUGGACUGCCCGGGGCACGUGGUGGACAACGGCACGGAUGCGGGGCCCGGUCGGGGACCAAAGUACAACUGGGAUGUGAAGACCCAGGGCUGGAUCCUCAGUGCCUUCUUCUAUGGCUACAUCAUCACACAGGUGCCCGGGGGAUACCUGGCCGGGCGCUACGGGGGGAAGAUGUUGUUCGGGAUCGGCGUCGCCUGCACCACGCUGCUGACGUUGGCCACGCCGCCCGCGGCGAGCUUCGGGGUCCCCUGGGUCAUUGUGGUGCGCGUCAUCGAGGGCUUCGGGGAGGGAGCCACUUUUCCCACCAUGCACGCCAUGUGGGCCCACUGGGCCCCUCCGCUGGAGAGGAGCCGGCUGGUCACCAUCUGCUACGCCGGUGCUCAGUUUGGGACGGUCGUGUCUCUGCCGCUGUCGGGCCUUCUCAUCGACACCCUGGGCUGGCCGUCCGUCUUCUACAUAUUCGGCGGGCUGGGUGUGGCGUGGUGCGUCCUGUGGUUCCUGCUGGCCUGGGACACCCCCGACAGCCACCCACACAUCUCGGAGCAAGAGAAGCGCUACAUCAAGGACUCACUUCGGCACAUGGAGCAUGGCGAGGGUCACCGGCGUGUGCCCUGGGGGAGCAUGGCGCUAUCCCCGCGCCUCUGGGCCAUCAUUGUCGCCCACUUCUGCUACAACUGGGCAUUCUACACGCUGCUCACGUGCCUGCCCAUGUACAUGAACGACGUCCUGCACUUCAACAUCAAGAAGAACGGGCUGCUGUCUGCUCUGCCCUACCUGGGCUGCUGGAUGGCCAUGAUGCUGGGAGGACAGGUAGCUGACCGCAUCCGCAUGCGCCACCUGCUGUCCGUCACGGCCACGCGCAAGGUCUUCACCACGCUGGGCCUGCUGGGCCCCGCCGUGUUCCUGGUGGCCACCGGCUUCGUGGGCUGCAACUACACGCUGGCGGUCGCCUUCCUCACACUCUCCUCCUCCAUGGGGGGGCUCAGCAUGUCCGGCUUCAACAUCAACCACCUGGACAUCGCGCCACAAUAUGCUGGCAUUCUCCUCGGCAUCACCAACACGUUUGCCACAAUCCCCGGCUUCCUGGGGCCUCUGGUCGUAGGGUACCUGACCCCCGAGCACUCGCUGCCCGAGUGGCAGACGGUGUUCAACAUUGCGGCGAGCGUGGACGCGUUCGGGGCACUCGUCUACCUCGUGCUGGGCUCCGGGGAGCUGCAGGAUUGGGCCAAGGACCUGCCGAUUCACACGCGUGCACAGUGAUAUCACGCACGCAACACCAUGUACGCAACACCACGCACGCACAGUGAUAUCACGCACGCAACACCAUGUACGCACGCACAGUGAUAUCACACAUGCAACAGCACGCACGCACAGUGAUAUCACGCACACAACACCAUGUACGCACGCACAGUUAUACCACGCACGCAACACCACGCACGCAACACCACGCACGCACAGUUAUACCACGCACGCAACACCAUGUACGCACGCACAGUGAUAUCACACAUGCAACACCACGCACGCACAGUGAUAUCACGCACACAACACCAUGCACGCACGCACAGUGAUAUCACACACACACAUCACAUACCUCAUGCACACACAGACAUAGCACACGUAACACGCGCGCACAGUGAUAUCACACACACAAGAAGCGCACGGUGAUAUCAAACAACAUGUACACAGUGAUAUCACACACGGAAUGCACACAGUGAUAUCACACACGGCAUGCACACAGUGAUAUCACACACGGCAUGCACACAGUGAUAUCACACACGGCAUGCACACAGUGAUAUCACACAUCACAGGCCUUGCACACACCUCGCACGCACAGUGAUAUCACACACACAACACGUGCACACACCUCACGCAGACGCACGCACAGCGAUAUCACACACACGUCAAACCCACACACCUCACACGCACGCGUGUGCAAUCGUAGCCCACGCACGUGACCUCCAUGCGUGGGCGCUGGGAGCCUCCAUAAGUGCCUUGAUUGUUUACACUACGCCCGGCUGUGAGACGUGGCGGGGAGACUGCUGGCGGUGAUUGUUCUGGUGGGGAGACCGGUGCCCUCCACCCACCUCUUCGCCGCCUCACCCAGUCGUGGGAAGCCCUGGACAGCCACGGGAGUGAUUGUCCUGCGCUGGUUGUGCUGCCGUACGCUGAGCCAGCACCGUUACCAUACCCGCUCAGCCCAGCCGUGGGGUGGCACAUUAAGAACGAACAGGGUGAAUGAAGCGGGUGGGCGGGCUGCAGGGAUACACAAAAUGCCCCACAUGGGGAGGCUGUAGUUGGUGUCAAGGGUAUGGCUGGUGCUGCUUUGUUUGGCCGGUGUAUAAUGAGGGGUAGGGUCCAGUUGGUUGGUGUGGUGUAUGGUUAUGCGUAGGGCAGUGUUCUUCACUAAUGUUCAGAGAGGGGGCCCACUUUCGCCGAUAAGACAUCAGUGUGAGGGCCGCCACACAUUUAAAACCAUUGGGGUUUGACAGCACGAUGAUGAUGGGAGUGUUUUCCCAUUUGUGUAUUGUCGGCGGCCGCACUAAAGGCCACGAGGGGCUGCCAGUGACCCGUGGGCCUUGCAACGAAGAACGCUGGCGUAUGGUCUGGUCGGCGAGUAAAGCAUGGUUCGCGGUGUGGUCGUGAGUGCGGUAUGGUUAUUUACAGGGAUUGCUUGGCUGCGGGGUCGAGUUAGAGGUUGACACGUGUUCACCGGUCACUGCUGAUGUCAGCUCUGCCCUCACUGCCGAGCGAGCGACGCCUCCGCCACACGCUGCUCACGGCCGUGCCCGCCAAAUGGCCACGGUUUUUUGUAUCUUCAGGCUUUUUUUAAUCUGAAAGAGGUGGAGAUAAGGGCUUCGGUAUUUGUUCGAUGAUAUUGCACUUUUUCUGCGGCUCGGAUGAAAGCGUCGCUCGUGUAACCGGGGCGGCUGCUGUUGCCGUGCCGCCCGCGUGAUUUUGUCCGUCGAUUUCUAUGCGCUCCGGUUGCGAUCGUCAAAACUGCCGUCGCGGAGGCACCGGAGCGGCCACUCUUUCUAAUAAUAAAUGACACUCCCUUGGUAAUGCC